AUGUUCGUUGCUAAAUGUCUCAAGGGCCUUCCUGUUUGUGAAGUGUUCUUUAAUCCUGUUAGAUGGAGAGUUAGUAAGGCAAUACCAGCAAAAAUCACUCUUGAACUGCGGAAAGCGAUGUAUGAGGAGGAUGAUGCAUGGCAUCGGACGAGAGUAGCCGACUCAACUGAAGAAGCACAACAUAUCAUGAAAAAAUCCGAGGAUUUUUCUAAAGAUGAUCGUAUAAUGGUCCCUGAGAAGGAUGACUUGACAUUAAUAACUGGAGUCCCAGAAGAGCAUCAGUCUGAAAGACGGGUGAGAAUUUUCAUACCAGCUAAACCGGCUACCCAAUCAGGAAAUCAUGGAACCAGACUUUGGCGUAUCGAAUUUGAUAACCGUGAACGCUGGGAAAAUGCAUUAAUGGGAUGGGCUAGUUCUGGUGAUCCACUUUCAAAUACGGUUGUCGAAUUCGAAACUGCUGAAGCUGCGCAAGAAUUUUGUCAACGACAAGGAUGGCCGUGUUACGUAGAAAAACCAAAUGUUCCAAAGUUAAACGUUAAGUCCUAUGGAUCUAAUUUCUCAUGGAACAAGAGAACACGCGUUGGGUCGAAAUAA